GAGCUGGGGAGAGGCCUCCAAGGCCGCCGCAGCCGCCGCCGCCGCCGGGGCGCGUUCUCCUCCCGCUGGUAGGGCAGCCGGGGCGCUUCCUCAGCCGCCGCUCCCUGAAGCGCGGGCUCAGGCGGCCCCGGCCGACGAGUACUGCCCGCGCUAGCCGCCGCCGCCGAGCCGCGGGCGCACCCGAGCCGCCGCCGCCUCCCUCGGCGUCCGGGGCCGGCAUGGAGCUCUUCCAAGCUAAGGACCACUACAUCCUGCAGCAGGGCGAGCGCGCGCUGUGGUGCAGCCGCCGCGACGGCGGCCUCCAGCUCCGACCGGCUACCGAUCUGCUUCUUGCCUGGAAUCCCAUUUGUUUGGGGUUGGUAGAAGGUGUUAUUGGAAAAAUUCAGCUUCAUUCAGAUCUUCCAUGGUGGCUUAUUUUAAUUCGGCAGAAGGCCUUGGUGGGCAAACUUCCAGGAGACCAUGAGGUCUGUAAAGUUACCAAAAUUGCUGUACUAUCACUUUCUGAAAUGGAACCUCAGGAUCUUGAGCUAGAGCUCUGUAAGAAGCAUCAUUUUGGAAUUAACAAACCAGAGAAGAUUAUACCAUCUCCUGAUGACUCAAAGUUUCUACUGAAGACCUUUACGCAUAUUAAAUCCAAUGUGUCUGCUCCUAAUAAAAAGAAAGUUAAGGAAAGUAAAGAAAAGGAGAAGCUGGAGAGAAGAUUACUUGAGGAGUUGCUGAAGAUGUUCAUGGACUCAGAAUCCUUUUACUAUAGCUUGACCUAUGACCUGACCAAUUCUGUGCAGAGGCAAAAUGCUGGAGAGAAGGACCCCCGUCCCCUCUGGCAAAAGGUACACCUCACAUCUCAGAGCAGGGUUUGCCCCCAGAGCAAUUUAUGGACCUGUUUGGCCUCUGUGGGAAAACUAAAACAACAUGUUUCUGACCUAUUUGUUUUCUACCUUUUUCAGGUUGAUGACCGAUUUUUUUGGAAUAAAUAUAUGAUACAAGACCUUACUGAGAUUGGUACACGAGAUGUGGACUUUUGGAUCAUCCCCAUCAUCCAAGGUUUUGUGCAGAUUGAAGAGCUUGUGGUUAAUUAUAAUGAGUCAUCUGAUGAUGAGAAAAGCAGCCCAGAGACCCCGCCUCAGGAGUCCACCUGUGUAGAUGACAUUCACCCACGAUUUCUAGUGGCUCUCAUUUCACGCCGAAGUAGACACAGAGCAGGAAUGCGUUAUAAGCGAAGAGGAGUGGAUAAAAAUGGAAAUGUUGCAAAUUAUGUGGAGACUGAGCAGUUAAUUCAUGUGCAUAAUCACACUCUGUCGUUUAUUCAGACACGAGGCUCUGUGCCGGUCUUCUGGAGUCAGGUUGGGUAUAGAUACAAUCCAAGACCUCGGCUGGACAGAAGUGAAAAGGACACGGUUGCCUAUUUCUGUGCCCAUUUCGAAGAACAACUGAAAAUUUACAAAAAACAGGUUAUUAUUAAUUUGGUAGACCAGGCAGGAAGAGAGAAAAUAAUUGGUGAUGCUUACCUGAAGCAAGUGUUGCUCUUUAACAACUCACACCUCACCUAUGUUUCAUUUGAUUUCCAUGAGCACUGCAGAGGAAUGAAGUUUGAGAAUGUCCAAACACUAACAGAUGCCAUUCAUGACAUUAUUCUUGACAUGAAGUGGUGUUGGGUUGAUCAAGCUGGAGUAAUAUGUAAACAAGAAGGGAUUUUUCGUGUUAAUUGCAUGGACUGCCUGGAUCGCACCAAUGUGGUCCAAGCGGCCAUUGCACGAGUGGUCAUGGAACAACAGCUGAAAAAAUUAGGUGUGAUGCCCCCAGAGCAGCCAUUACCGGUGAAAUGCAAUCGGAUUUAUCAGAUAAUGUGGGCCAACAAUGGUGACUCCAUUAGCAGACAGUAUGCUGGGACAGCUGCUCUGAAGGGUGACUUUACAAGGACAGGAGAAAGGAAGUUAGCAGGAGUUAUGAAAGAUGGUGUUAACUCGGCAAAUAGGUAUUACCUGAAUCGAUUUAAGGAUGCUUAUAGGCAAGCUGUUAUAGAUUUGAUGCAAGGCAUUCCGGUGACAGAGGAUCUUUAUUCCAUAUUCACCAAGGAAAAAGAGCACGAAGCUCUGCAGAAGGAGAAUCAGAGAAGCCACCAGGAGCUAAUCAGCCAGCUCUUACAGAGCUACAUGAAGCUGCUGCUGCCCGGCGACGAGAAGUUCCACGGCGGCUGGGCCCUCAUUGACUGCGACCCCAGCCUCAUUGAUGCUACUCACAGAGAUGUGGAUGUGCUGUUACUGCUUUCUAACUCUGCGUACUACGUGGCCUAUUAUGAUGAUGAAGUUGACAAAGUAAACCAGUAUCAACGGCUAAGUCUAGAAGACCUGGAAAAAAUAGAAAUAGGUCCUGAACCCACUCUUUUUGGUAAGCCAAAGUUCUCCUGCAUGCGAUUGCACUACAGAUAUAAAGAAGCAAGUGGCUAUUUCCACACACUGAGAGCUGUAAUGCGCAACCCAGAAGAGGAUGGAAAAGACACCCUUCAGUGCAUUGCGGAGAUGCUGCAGAUCACCAAGCAAGCCAUGGGAUUAGAUGUACCUAUAAUAGAGAAAAAGCUGGAGAGGAAGAGCAGUAAACCUCAUGAAGACAUCAUUGGCAUCAGAUCUCAAAACCAAGGCUCUUUGGCCCAGGGAAAAAAAUUUUUAAUGAGCAAAUUUUCAUCUCUAAAUCAAAAAGUGAAACAGACCAAAUCCAAUGUAAACAUUGGCAAUCUACGAAAGCUAGGGAACUUCACAAAACCUGAAAUGAAAGUUAACUUUCUAAAACCAAACUUAAAAGUAAAUCUUUGGAAAUCAGAUAGUAGUCUUGAAACCAUGGAAAACACAAGUGUGAUGGAUAAUAAAGCCCAGGCAGAGUCAGAAGGGGAAAUAUCUUCAGAUAAUGACUCGUAUCACUCUGAUGAAUUCCUUACAAAUUCCAAGUCUGAUGAAGACAGGCAGCUAACUAACUCUUUAGAGAAUGUAGGGCCAAUAGACUAUGUUCUUCCUAGUUGUGGUAUUAUUGCUUCAGCACCUCGAUUAGGCAGUCGAUCCCAGUCUGUUAGCAGCACUGAUAUCAGUAUUCAUGUUCCUUCAGAGGUUACUAUUGCUCAUGACAAUGGGCUUGGAAAAGGCCACGAGUCUUCUUUGAAGAAAAGUCCUUCUGCUGACAACAUACACACAUUGACUGGCUUUGCCAAGCCUGUGGAUAUUUACUGCCACAGAUUCGUUCAAGAUGCACAAAACAAAAUGACCCAGCCAUCUGAAACCAGCUCUGUUUCUCAGCAAGCUAGUGAGGAAGGAAAUCAAAUGACCAAUCAAGUUUCUAGCGAAGAAACUCCGUUUGAAUCGACAGAACAGCUACCUUCUCGACCUUCUCAAUUAGACGUGUCUUUUUCUGCAACAGGCCCACAGUUUUUGUCAGUUGAAGCAGUGCAUUCAGUUGUAUCUCAAAAGACCCCCGGCUCUGAAUCUGGCACGCUUGAACUUGAGAGAGGGCUUCAUGUAACUCCUUCUCCUUCAGAGAGCUGUAGCAGCAGAGCAGUCUCUCCUUUUGCAAAGAUUCGGAGUUCUAUGGUCCAGGUUGCUAACAUUACGCAGGCUGGGUUAACCCAGGGGAUAAACUUCGCAGUGGCGAAGGUUCAGAAGAGCCCUGCAGAUCCUGAAGUAGUUAAUGAAGUCCAGCAAAAUGAACUUAAAAAUAUGUUUACACAAUGCCAGACACGAAUAAUUCAGAUUUAGUUUUUAGUCACACAGAAUCCUGUGGCUUUUAUUUAACCCCCUCAAAAAAAGAGGUGUCACAGAGCGUGUACUAUAUGAAUCUAGGGAUCACAAAUUCUGUUAGUUUGGAAAGGUUUUAAAAGACUGAACCUGAACAGAUUUCCAAAUUUGAGAGCUAGGACAGUGGAAGCGCAUCAUCCUAGAAUAGGACCUAAGUAGAUUAUACACUACAGAGCAGUUUGUCUCUCCACAAGUAAUUCAGGAAUAGAUGACUUUGGGACAUAAUAAUAUGAAACCUUUUGGAGUGGGGUGGGUGGGUAGAAUGUAUGAAGUAGACUCAAAGGGUGGACAUGGAUCCUUUUAGAUGAGUAGCAUUGUUCAUAAGUGUUACUGUUCUGUCAGCUCAUUUCUGCGUGUUAACCACUACAAGGUAAAUUCUUAGUUUAGUGACUCUUAAGUGUUACUAGUAUGGAGAAGCAUUUUAAUGUAAAAACUAUUGGUUUAAUUUUUGAUGACUUAACCAUUGCCUAUAGAGUUAGGGCUAAUGGCAUUGGAGUCAAGGAAUGUAUGCCCGUUUGAUCCUAAUUUCCCCCACAUUCUACUUAAGUAAAUUUAAAAUAUUCCUACCUUGUACACCCCAAAGUCUAAGAGCAUUUAAGAUCUGUCUGCCAUGAAACCUGAGAUAUCAGAUGUGAAUACCAGCACCUAUUAAUUUUGUUCUCUCUUCAGAAAUGCUAAAAAUAUACACAUUGGAUACUAGUAAAGCUUGAAAGAAGUUUUCAAGUUGUAACUUUUUGCAAGGUGCAGUCUGUAACAUCUUGUAUAGGCUCUCAAAACUACUGGAAAUUUUAGCCUGAAGCAUGACUGUAACAUUGACCAUGUGGAACCAGGGCCUUGUCUGUAAGCCCAUACAGUAAGAAAGUUGCACAUCUUAUUCCAAACAAGUAUUGGUUUGUCUGGUAUCUUUACAGCCUUACUCUGUUGAAGUGAUUGACUCUCAGCUAAAUAUUAUGUCUGUUUUAACUUUGAUAAGUAUUUCCACUUUUGUUAUUUAUUAGUGGUAUCUUUUUUUGAAGUGUCAGAUGUUGUGACUAUUUAAAAUAAAAUAUCAUUAAGA